AUUCUAAAGGUGUAUCUGAUUUGUCAUUAUAGGUACAUAGAAAUUUUAACUUUUGUAGUAUGUCAACCCUGUGAAUAUCAAUCACUUUAAUCAUUUAAUUAAGACCAUUUAUGGGCUCGCCCAAAUUUGUAAUUUGCCGUUUUCGUAGUAUUUAUUGAUAUUAAUUUAAUUAUUCAACGAGGAACGUGUUGAUAUUGUGUAAUAGUGCUGUGCUGAAGAUAUACUUAGAGUUUAAAGAAGUUGUAAAAUAUGGGAAAAACUUACUGCCAGGCUUGUAAAAAGAAAUGCUCGGGGGAAGUUCUUAGAGUUCAAGACAAAUAUUUUCAUAUGCAAUGUUUUAAAUGUAAAGUUUGUGGGAAUUCUCUAGCACAAGGGGGAUUCUUUUCUAAGGAUGGGGAAUAUUAUUGCACAUCAGAUUAUCAGAAAAACUUUGGAUCAAAAUGUGCAGUUUGUAACCAAUAUGUGGAAGGAGAAGUUGUCACUGCUUUAGGUAAAACUUAUCAUCAGAAAUGUUUUACUUGUGACAGAUGUAGGCAAAGCUUUCCUUCUGGAGAAAAGGUUACUUACACAGGUAAAGAGGUGCUUUGUCCAAAAUGUGUUCAAAUCCCUGUACAAGAUAUGUCUCCAAAGAGUAGUCCAACUACCAAUAGUGCCAAUGAAUGUGCUGGAUGCAAAGAGGAAUUGAAAGAAGGCCAAGCUUUAGUCGCUUUAGACCAACAAUGGCAUAUAUGGUGUUUCAAAUGUACCACUUGUGGAACUGUUUUGCAUGGAGAAUACAUGGGAAGAAGUGGUGUUCCCUAUUGUGAAAGAGAUUACCAAAAGCAGUUUGGAGUCAAAUGUGCAUAUUGUAAUAGAUUUAUAAGUGGAAAAGUAUUACAGGCUGGGGACAAUCAUCAUUUUCAUCCAACUUGUGCUCGUUGCACAAAAUGUGGAGAUCCAUUUGGAGAUGGAGAAGAAAUGUACCUUCAAGGAGGUGCAAUUUGGCAUCCUCGAUGUGGACCAGGUCCCACCGAAAAUGGAGAGAUUCUCAAUGGCACUGGAGAAACUAAUGGAAAUUGCACUGACACUGAUAUGUCAAUAAGAGAUUAUGACAGGCAUAGUACAUCUGGUGCUAGUGAAUUGCAGUUUUCCAUGAGAUCACGCACUCCUAGUUUGAAUGGUUCAUUGUAUAGCCCUACAAGCAUGUCUAGAAAGACGUUUGGUUACCGUUCUCCUUCUCCUGGAUUAAUAUUAAGGGAUCAUAAUAAAUCGGCGACUUUAGUGGACGAUAUAUCAAGAAUUUAUACAUACAGUUAUCUUACAGAAGAACCAACUCACGGUUACCUACGAAAACCUAUUGACCCAUAUGAUAAAGCACCAACAUCACCACAUUUCCAUAGGCCAACAUCUCAAAACUCAUUACGAAGUAGUUCGGGAUCUGGAAGAAGGAGCACUUCAAGGACAGCUAUGAAAGUAUUAGUCGAUUCAAUGCAUACGGAUGUACCCAGACCGAAAUCGCCUCAUAUGAAUAAUGAGGAACCUAUAGAAUUGGCUCAUUUCCCUGGUGCAAAACCUCCACCACCAGGAGAACCUUUGAAAAUAGAAAGGGAUGAUUUUCCAGCUCCACCCUAUCCUUAUACCGAUCCUGAGCGUCGAAAACGUUGGUCCGAUUCAUACAAAGGUGUACCAUCUGACGAAGAUGAGGUUGAUGAGGCAACUAUGAGAGAAUUUCAUGAUGACAAAUUGAAAAAGGAAGAAAAUGAGCUAAGCAAAAUAGCUAGUGGAAUAGGGAAAGUGUUUUUAAAGAAUGUACAAGAAAGAGAAAAAUUCAAACAGUGGAAAGCAGCUAAUCUUGAUCCCAGGAAUGCUUCUAGAACCCCUUCUGCAAAUAAAGAGCCUAACUAUAGACUUCGUUAUGAUAAUCCUAUUGGUGCGAGUCCAUCUAGGAACUUAGAUCAUCCUAGACCUUACGAGGACGAUGAUUUUGAUAGAUCUUUAAGUUGUCGUUCUUCUAUGGGUAGAUCUAUAGGUGCUAUUCCAAAUUAUAAUGUAGUAUCAUCAUUACGAACGGUACCUAAACCUGGUUAUGGGCUCAAAUCGUCUACUCUAGCCAGUAGAAACGAAUUUGGUGAUUAUUCAUAUAGUGGAAUGGGUUCUAAAACUUAUAGUACUGAUUUCAGUUGUGGAAAGUCUGAUAUUUCAACAGGUUCUAUUACAGAUGUUGAAAGACGUGCUAUGAACUGUGAAAUGCCGUUAUCAACUACAUACACAGGAGGACUGGGACGGUAUCCUACUGGAGGUUACGCCUCUCAGCAGGUUCGACGCUCUUUACCAAAUAUGGCACAUACAAUGUUAAUAAAUGAACCAGCUAAAAUUUACCCUUACCAUUUACUUAUAGUAACAAACUUCAGAUUGCCUUCUGAUGUUGAUAGAUUGAAUUUAGAGAGGCACCUUUCUGAUCAAGAAUUUGAAGCAUUACUGCAAAUGGCAAGGUCAGACUUUUAUCGGCUACCCCAAUGGAAAAGAAAUGAAAUGAAACGAAGAGUUCGUCUGUUUUAAUACCUCGAGAAACAAGUUCGAAACUUAGUACAUGUCUAUAAAUAUAUGAUGGUGCUGUAAAUUGAGUAGAAAUGAUUUUCAAAAUAAACUUAAUGCUCGAAAUGUAAAUUUAUUAACAUUAUAUUAGAACAGUGUUUCUAAUCUAUUGAAGGUAUGAGGAGAUUUGUACAAAUUAGAAUGCAGUAAAAUACAUAAACAUCAACAUCAAAUGAAGUAAAUAUUUGUUAAAAUAUCAAUCAUUCCAGUAUCAAUUAUUUAUUUACACCUUUAGUCCACUUAUCUCUUUAUUUUUUAUCUUAUUAUCAUCAAAAAAUUGUCAAUUAACUUGUGACCUAUUAAAUGAGUAAAUAUUAAAAUGGCAUAAUAUUAGUUAAAUAGUUGUAAAAUAGUCAAUUAUGUUGGAAGUAGCUAUUUUAGUUAAGUAGUUUUUUACAAAAAAAAAACAAUCAAAAUACAAUUUCUUUGUACUGUUCUAUUUUUCAAACUAUUUGAUUGUUAUGAAGAAAAAAAUCAGUGGUAUUCAUAGUUUAAGAAGCACUGUGUAGGAGAGAAUUCUGAAUAUUUUAUUUAUUUUCUAUUAAAUUAUAUUGGUAGAAAAUUUUUCAUUUUGAGAGUCAUUUCUACUAAAAUUUGAAGGUAACUAUAAAUGCAUAAGCUUAAACGACUGGAUUUUUCUAGCUGCAAAAUUAACGAAUGGUCAUCUUGUUCCUUACUUUCUCUUAUUCUUAAAAAUGUAUUCAUAUAAUUUAAAGAAUGUUGUCAAUAUGAAAAAAAUACUUUUAUUGGAUUUUUUGAAAGUUCUUGAAAUGAUAAUUAUUAUGCAAUAGUCUAGAAUUUCUCAAUUUCUUAGACUUGCAAUAUGUAUAUUUGUUGAGAAUUAUUUCAGUCAAUUGUAGUGUAUGGCACGAGAAGUUUACUUACUUUAACCUUUUCACUGCGACGCCCUCCUUCUACAAUGGAGCAAGGUGGAACUGACGAAAAUAGGCCCAUAAACGCAUUAUAAUAGAUUCUAAAAUUAUUGAUAAAUUAAUACUAGCAAUGAAAAGGUUUUAAUAUCAUAUUAUGGGUAGAUGAAGAUUAAAUUUCAAAAUUAAUAGAUGGAGGAACAUAGCAACGAAUAUACUAAACUGCUCCAACAAAGUUCAUAAAUUCUAUAAAUUUGUUUCAACAAAUUACGUUUUUUGAUAAGUCUUUAUAUGUUUAUAAUUUCUUGUGUUUCAGAUAAGCUUUUUGAAAAAACAAUUUGAGGUUAUGUAUCAUUUCAAUUUUAAAAAAUUGAAGGACAUAAUUUAAUAAGUUAAGAAUAAGCAUUACUAUAGAUACAAAACUUUAUCAUAAUAGAAAAAACCCAACUUAUUUUUCACCGACGUAUUAUAUUUGCUGGUGAGUGAAGAGAUGAGAGUAUAGAAGUCAAACAUGAGAUACCACAAAAUUCCAAAGCGUUUUUGAUCACUCUUGCACGCUCGUGACAAGAAUUAGCAACUGAUAUAAAAUUCUUGAAAAUAAGAUUGCCUCAAACGUAGAAAAGAUCAAUUUAAAAACACAAAAGUCAGAUUGUUUACAAAAAUGUAAAUUUUUGGUUGCAUCCAAGGUUUUCUUCAUAUUAUCAAAGCCAGAUAAUUAAAAUAUGUAAGUAUUUUGAAUUGUCUAAAAUGACACCUUGAUUAAGAAUUUAUAUUUGAUACAAUAUGCAUGGUAGGAUUGGGAUGAUUAUGGUGUCUGCGAAUUUAUCGUAUCUUUGUUGGCUACUGAAUAUUCGUGCUAGUAAAUCAAGUGUAGACUGACAUUCUUUGAAAUAUAUGUAUAUAUCAAAUAAUAUACUUUCAAUUAAUUUGCCAUAGACUAAGCUAAAUAUAAAUGUUAAGUACAUAUUAAAUAGUAAGAUUAAACACUGUUUAGAUGUACAUUUACCAUAUUUAUUAUAUAUAUUUUUUCGUUUCACAAUACAGAGUAAUUCACGAUUCAUAACACUCCCAUGUUAAAAAUUAUUAUCAUAUACUGAUUUAUUUCAGAAAUAAUUUGAUCAGAGUGUUCCGCAAAUGUUAAACAAUCGAAAAUAGGAUUUUUUGGUAGUGCCCCAAGAGCUAAGCAGAAAAGAGAUACAAUAUGAUCGUGUUAGAGUGGAACACUGCUAUUAUUAUCUGCUUAAGCGUUCCACAAACCAUAACUAUUAUAACUGAGCUAAGAAUCAAAGAAAAUUGCGUGUUUUGUGUAAUUAUUCCAAAAGUAAACCUUAACAUGAUUUUUAAUGUUGCAGUCAUCAAUUUUAUAUAAUUUUCAACAUAGUAAAAGUUAGUUGAAAUGGUCCAAUUAUAUAAAAAAUAAUUGCACGAAACAAAUAACAAAGUUUUGAAGAGAUAUUUUUCAAAAAGAUCUGAAGUCUUUUAUCAACUAUACUAUAUUAAAAUGUAAAGCAAAGUUGGGGUUUCAUGUUAUUUAACUUUUUUCAAUUUUGGGGCACACAAUUUUUCUUCUAACAAGAACUUGCAACAAAUAGCAAUUUCUUUGGUACCUAGCAUGCUAAUAAAAAAAUUAGAUCUAGCUAAAAAAUGUGUUUAAAAGUACCUUUAUGGUACCUAAAUUUCUAGGUUUUUUUAUUGCUGAAACUGACUGUAAAGUGUGUUCAUUUAAUUAUCUUGAACAUGAAGAAUGUUUCCAUAACUUUUGUAAUCAACGCUGUCGAUUACAAAAUUUCAAAAUAAUAUAAAAUUUGUAUCUACAUAAUAAUUUUGUGAUGAUACAACCAAAGAUUGAAAAAGAACCGUCAUUGACCUUUUGAAAUCAAGUUUGUUUUUGUUAAAUACAAUUUAAUAUUAAAAAAUUUCCUAAUUUUGGGCAGCCAUUAAAUAUGUUGUGAAAAAGUAACAUGGCAGUUUUUAUUAAUUCAUACUGUAUAUUUUAAUAUUUUGUCGGCGAGUUGUAUAAAAAUUUAAUUUAUUUAUUUUAAUUUAUAAUCGUCAAUUAUUCUGUAUAUAUUUUAUGUUGAUUUCUUUAUAUAUAUAAUCGUUUAUGUAUUUUUAUUUUACGUAUAGUUUUUAUGUGAUCUUCCACGAAGAGUUUCAAAACAUAUAUUUUUAUUUAAAUUUAAAAUAUUUCAAAUCACAUUACUUUUCUUUAUUUUCAUAUAUUAGCGAUAUCGUUCAUGUAAAAACAGGACCAGUUAAUGUUAAUUAAAAAGUGAUAUUUGUUAAAUCACUUCAAAAUAAUAGUUUAGCAAGAUUGCCUAUUUGAAAUAAUUAAAAAAAAAUAGAGUCAACGUACUAUAGUUGUUAUAAACAAAAGUUCAUAAAAGUGGUUUGUUUAUUAAACUUCCGAUUGAUAAAAAUGUUUAAAAGAUUUUCUGUUACAUAAAAUCGAAAUAGUUAAAUCAUUAUUAAUAGAACUUUAUGAUACAUUUUUAGUGAAGAUUUUUAGUAAAUGUAGUUAUCGGAAAACCCUACAAUAAACAGAUUAAUAUUUUUCUUACAAAUUGUUAUUGAUAGCAAUCUAAGGUCCCCAAGGUCUUUUUACUUCUCCGACAAAUGCCUGCAAUAGUAAUCCCGCUAUAAACUACUGUUUCAGUAUACAUCAUCAUCAAACAAAUUUGAAAUAUUAUAGUCACACAUAUAGGUGUAUUCUUUUAAUGACUUCCAAAAAAGGUGAAAAAAGAUUAUUGGCAAUAUUCUUAUGAAAUUAUUUGAGCGGGAGAGAUUAUGUGUUGUAGAAGGGCGAGAGCCUACAAUCAGUGGGAACUUUAACCAUAUCUUCAAAUUUACUGGUAUAUUUUCAACUUACACAUUUAAUAACGCAAUGUCAAUGUCGACAAUUACAUGUGUGUUUGCUGAUUCUCAUAUUUUUAUACAAAUAUUAAUGUUAUUAUUUAUAAGGUAAACGUUAUAUAGAUACAAGGAAUAUUAUAUUAUUAUGUUGUUAUAUUUUAAUGGUACGUAUAUUUUGAUUCAAUCGAAAUGCAAAUUUAUUGAUUUAUUUUGGCCUACAGUUAACCUUGAUAUUUUUAACAACCUUCUCGUUUAUCAAUCAUCAUAAUUAGCCUGACACAGGUCUACAAAAGAAUGAUUUAUUAGAUGCACCUAAAACGAUUCACAUUGGAAACAAUAGUUAUUAUAGCUCUCAUAAAAUAUAGGAUUUAAAUGUUUUUUAUUACAUGACAUUUGUAAUAUUUUUUAUUAACGAUUUAACAAUAUUUAUACCAAAACUUUAUAAAAAUUGAAAUAAUAUAAAGAGAAGUAUAUGAUUAAUAAUUUCACCAUGGUUUUUAAAUGAAUCUACAAAGUAACUUUUUUGUCAAGUAUUUGUUUGGCAAAAUAUAGGAAAACAUUACAUGUUGGAAUUUUUUGUAAACAAACAACUUUUAUAAUUUUGUAAAUACAAUAUGAAAUUCAAUGGUUAUAAGGGAUCGUAAAUCUUGAGGAUAUAUGCAUCAAUUAUUGACAGUCUCUUUUGUUUUUAAUAUUAGUUAUUCCUCUACAUCACAGAGAUAUUUUGCAGAAGUGACAUUGUAAAUAAUAAGGCCACUAAAUAUUUCGUCUAAACAAAAUAUUUAGAAAAAAGUACUGGUUAUAUUGUACGUAUUAGAAAAAAAUAUAGAACAUUAUGCUAAAGGUUUCUGAUGUUUUUAACUUCUGACUGUUCUUUUUUUUUAAAAUAAUAGAUUUUAGUAGCAUGAAUUUCAAUGCUUUUGAAGGUAUACGAAGUAUAUUUGUAAAAUGUCAAUUAUACUAUUUUUCGACAUAGUUUUCAUGAUUUUCCAAGCAUUUAUCAUUUUGUAGUGCAAGAUUUUCUAUACCCUCUGUGUUUUGUAUUAUGUUCUUUUAGCUCGUUAUCGUUGUUUUACCUCUGACUACCAACACUUCAGUUUUAUGAACAACCACCAUCGAAUCGUUCAUUGUCCUUAUUUUGUUUUUAGAGUUCAGAAAGUUAAUUAAUUCCACAAACAGCGAGAUUUGUUAUCAACUUAUUUCAAACUAGCGCUACGAUAUGUACACAACAACAGUGAACUCAAAUUGUAUGCGCAGAGCAAAGAAUAUUUUGCGAAUAUGCCUUGUAUUAAAUAUAGUGGUUUUUAACUGUAAAAUGUUCUGUAUUUGUUUCUUAGUCCGAAAAAUAUUUGUCGACUUGUUUAUGAAUUUAGUUAUUUAUACAUUUGUAUUAUUUUAGUAUCGGUUGUGAUUAUUAAUUUACAUGAAAUAAAAAUCUUAAUGUACUGGUAUAAAAGCCCUUGAAAUUUAUUAUAAAACACGAUAUUAAUAGUGGUUAACGCCAUUAGGUUUGAGAAAAAGAAAAGCACCAAUAUUUAAAUUUUGUUACUCCUCCAGCUGUAAUUCUCCCUAGGAGAUGUAAUUGAGGCCCAUUACACCAGUUGAGAUAUUUGAUUCAAUAAAGAUUAGCAGACACAUCAAUACUAACUGCUAACUAAAGAAAUUAGUUAUUAAAAAAUCCAAAACAAAUGCCAAUAUGAUUCCUACUAAUAUUUAACAAAAAUUCAUUUUCUAUGAUUAUCUAAGUUAUUUUAUAGUAAAUGCUUUUGUUGAAAAUGAAAAAUGUGUUGAUACUUUCUGAAUCUUAUUAUGCUUCGACCAUUUGAGAUCAGAAAAUGAACAAGUAAAAUACCAUAACAUCAUAUUGUUUUCACCGCAAAUUUUAAAAUUUAUUAAAAAUUAUUUUCAACUAAUAUUGAGAUGCUUAGUUUACAGUUCCAGUAUUAUUUUCUGUAAUGUUCCGUUUUAGAUAUAUUUAGUUAUCUACAUAAUAUAUAAUGCUUCCAAAAUCAACAAACAGCUUUAAUUAGAUUUAUCUGUUAUUUGAAAUAAACUGAUUCAUUUAAUUUCUGAACGUUCAAAGUCCAUUUUAUUGGUUACAAUUUAUUUUUCUCUCAUAUUUAAAUAUGAAUCAUUUUUAGAUUAAAAUAAGCCCAAUUUGAUUUUUCCAAAAAUGUAUCAAUAUAGAUUCUAAUUUUCCCCGCAAUAUUUUGUAAAUAGAAAACUUAUAUAUUUGAUUCGAUAUUUAAAUUUUAUAUUCUUACUUGAUUGAAAUAUGUUACUAGUCAGUAAAAAUGUUUUUGAACUUGGAAUCAUUUCUAAAGCUUAAGCUAAACAUUUCAGAUUAGCAAAUCUUGUAUUCUUAGGAAUUCAUAGACUAUGCAGAGCGUUUAGAUUGCUACUUUGAGCUAGUCGUUCAUUCAUAUAGAGUAAGUUAAAAUGGUAUUUUUAUAUUUGAUAGCUUUUUGCCACUAAAAAAGUUCCAGUGAUUGUUAUUUAGAUUUAGUAAAAUUUCAAAUCAUUAUAUACGCAUUUUUAACAUUCUUUAAUUUUUCCUAUUGAUUACUGUGGUUUGGUUAUUUUAUUAUGUUAUUUUAAUUCUGUAACAAGCACAAUGCCUUAUUAAAAUUCUUUUAAAUUUUUUUUUCUUUUUUUAAAGUACCCAGUACACAUUUCUAUUUUAACACCUAAUUCUCUUUGUACAUGAAUUUGCAGUAUAUGGAAAUUGGUAACGACUUUUUAAGUGACAACCAAUUAAAAAUCACAACAGACCAAAACAAGGAGUUCCGGUUUGAUAGAGUACAAGAGUUUGAAUACCUGGGAGUGACUGUAACAAGAAAAGGAGACAAAUUUAAAGAAAUCGACAAAAUAUUGGAAAGAGGCAAUAAAACAGUUGUGCUCUAGAAAACCUAUUAAGGUCCAAAGAUAUCUUGAGGGUAGCGUAGCUAAAAAUUUAUAGGACAGUUAUACAAGCUAAGGUCUUAUAUGGUAGUGAAUGUUGGGUCAUGAAUAAGAAAGAGUAAAACAUGCUAAAUGCAUUUGAGGGAGGAGUAUUAAGAACAAAUUUUGGAAAUGGAACAAGACGAAUGGAGAAGAACGAAUGCAAUUAUUGAAAUGUUAUAUGUUCAGACAGAGAUCGGUUAUAUAGUAAGGACAAGAAGACUGCGUUGGUUGGGUUAUAUAGCCAGAAUAGAGAACAGCGAGUGAAAACAAGUGAAGAAGGUGCAAAAACAAGAGGGUGUUCACGUAGAAAAUGGCUAGAUGCGUGUAAGGAAGGCUUACUAAGGGGUAGCAAACUGGCGCCGUGAACAAAAGCGCAGAGCUUCCUUACCUUUUUAGCUGGCGGAACCCUUUUCGGAUAAAAAACCACGACGGACCCUUGUCGAUGAAGCCGCCCAGUAAUUAAUAAAAAUAAGCUCGAAGCCCAUUUAAAUUGACAACUCCAUAAAGCAUAUGUCAUUUCUUUCAAUAACCCCACAAAAUCAACAGUAUAUGAUGUAAUAAUGAAUGGAAACAACAUUAAAUUAACUACGUUUCCAUUAGUCUGAAUUCUCACACUAUAUUCAGAUACUUUGUGUUUGAUUUACCCACAGUGUUCAACACACUAGACCGGCCAUAUUUUUAUUUGAAAGAUAACUAGAGCACUAUAAUAAAAAAAGCUAAGAAUAUAUUUGAAAAACUUACCAGCGAAUUUAAAGAAUAAAAUCACCAAAAAUUUACUUUGAUUUGAAAUGUAGAUAGGUAGAGGAAGAAUUCGAAUACAUUCCGA